CUGCUGCACAUAUCAUCGCAUCGGGGAGAAGCGCAGGAUUUCCUGUGGCAUUGCUGAAGUGGACGCAUCCAAGUUUUACAUUCGCAGAAGUACCUAGCCCACUUUCACAUCCGUCGAUUUAAUGUCUUAACCAAAACCAUCUCAUCCGUACGUGCUCAAGACUACACCUCGACGUAGUUAGUCUGCAAGAAGUCAUCGAAGAUGUCCGAAGCCACAGUUGCCGAUACUCGCCGGUUAAACUCCAAACCGCAGGAUCUGACGGACGCCUACGGCCCUCCCAGCAACUUUCUGGAAAUCGACGUGUACGACCCGCAGACUAUAGGAGUCGGUCGUAAUCGCUUCACCACCUACGAAGUCCGGAUGAGGACAAAUCUUCCCAUUUUUAAACUGAAGGAGUCGGUUGUCAGACGAAGAUACAGCGACUUCGAGUGGCUGAAGAACGAGCUGGAAAGAGACAGCAAGAUUGUUGUGCCUCCAUUGCCUGGAAAGGCAUUGAAGAGACAGCUCCCCUUCCGUGGAGAUGAGGGCAUUUUUGAAGAGUCCUUCAUUGAGGAGAGACGAGCUGGGCUUGAACAGUUCAUCAACAGAAUUGCAGGUCAUCCUUUGGCCCAGAACGAACGCUGUCUUCACAUGUUCCUGCAGGAUGAAAGUAUCGACCGGAACUACAUUCCUGGAAAAGUACGGCAGUAGGGCUUUCCAAAACUGGGACAUGGGAGGGUCUUCUUUCUUCAGUUUUCAGCUUCUAUUCCCAUUCAUCUGCAUUCAACAGUGCAGAGUAACGUUAAUUUUUACACUGAGCAAAAUCUAGAUACGUGACGAACUGCGCAGGACUGGGUUUUAUUUAACAGAUCAUGUUUUGUACAUGCGUCUGAGAGUUUCUCUUUACACACACAUUGUAUUUCUUUGACAUCUAUACAAUGUACUUGUUAGUGUGUUUGUGUGUGUGUGUGAGAGCAUACAUUAUAUAACUAUACAUUAAGCUGUAGCACUGUAAAGUGAAAAGGGUUGGCUCAUAUAUUUGUCCUCUCUGGCGACUGUUGAAGAGUCGAGGUGUAUUGCACGUCAUUCCAAACUGCACAAAUGCAUUAAAAUAGCAACAAUGGAUUUCAAAAAUGGUCCUAAAGUAAAGCAUUAAACUGUUUAACCAAAAAAAGCUCAAAAAUAUCCUGGAGUAUGUUUGAAACUUGCAUGAAAUCACUUUUUUUUGUAGUCGUUCGACUAUCACAGGGCUGUGAAAUACUAGUCAGUAUUUAAAAUCGCAAACAGAACUCGAGGAUAUCGCUUGUCACUCUUUUAAUUGUCCAAUGCGUCAUGUGAACAAUUUAAAAGUACCAUCUUAUAAAAAAUGUGAACGUUUCUAUCAGUAUCAAUCAAAUUACUCUGUGAACCCACUUUUUUUUCAGCCACAUUGGAUUAAAUAAUUACAGCUUUUUAAUUUCAAUUUUAUGCAAAAAGAUUUAGCUGGUGCUGUUCAGAAAGCUUUUUGUGUUUGUAAACAAAUAAGUUCCUAUAACUAUUAUAUAAUGCAGUGUAUCAGGCCUGUUAUUAUGGUAUUAGGCCUAUAAUAGGCAUUGAGUAGUUGAAAGUCAUACUUAUUUUUGGGAGGUUGAAGUGCUGUAAUAUGUUCUUUUUUCAAACAAUUUGGAGUUUUCCCAAGUAAUUAAUCAACAAACGUACCUAUUUUUGGUAUAAAGUGUUUGCGAGUUCAUGCCGAUCGUGUAAAAAACAAUGAAAAACAGCUCCCUAAGAGGAUGAAAUAUGUGCCAACUGCGUAAAGGUUGUCCUGCCAAAGUUCAGUCAUUUUCCUCCAGAAUGACUCUAUAUUUAUGUUAUCUCCUGUGGUCAUCGAUUUGUGCCUGUGACGUUUGUCUGUAAAUAAAGUAAAAACCGAAAUGGA